UCCCCCAAGAUGGCAAAGGGCUCUGGUCCUGCCUUACUCUGCCUCUGAUUGGCUUACCCUAACAUUCUUACCUUUAACCCUAACCAAUACCACUCCUCUUGACUAAACCUAACCAACCCAACCAACGAAGGCAACAUGCACGAGCCAAUCAGAGGGAGAGUAGAGUGGGUAUGCCUUCGCUGUCCUAGGAAAAAGAAUUGGCCAACCGGUAAGUGUACUGUGUUGGUAGCUGGUAGGUUGCUAGCUAACCUGCCGUGCCACCGCCUCUGAAGGCAGCCGAGCCGAGCCGUGAAUGAAGCCCGCACCUCAAUGUAUCUCCCGUGGCCGCGAUGGCAGCGACAGAAACGGUCAGAGUCUGAGACCUUAGCUAUGUAGCUAACUAGUUCAUACUAUCUGUAGUUAAUGUUAGUCGGAUUCGUGUCCUUAGCUAUUUCCACCAGUAGCUAGCUUUUUUCAUUCCGGGACACACGGCGGCAGCUAGCCCACUCUCUCGCCACUACAGGAGGAUGCUGAAGCUGUUCGGUGCACUGGUUAUCCUCGGACUGGCACUGGCGUGCAUCACCUCCUGGGUGCUGGACAGCUAUGACGCUUGGCACCCGAAACGGAGCGUUCAGCACCCGACUGUCCGUGAUGGGGAGGAACCUAAGGGGAGUUCUCCACCAUUUCCCGGCGGCGAGUUGAGCAAUAUAUUCUGGUUUAUACAGGUGUCCGACAUUCACAUUAGCCGAUUUCAUGACCCAAGACGUAUUCCAGAUUUUGAAAGCUUCUGCACUGACACAAUUGAAGUGAUUAAGCCAGUUCUAGUGCUUGCAACAGGGGAUCUGACAGAUGCUAAAACAGAGAGUAAGGUGGGUUCCCUCCAGCAUGAGGUGGAGUGGCAGGCCUACCACAACAUCCUGAAGAGGUCACGUGUGAUGGAGCGUACUAGGUGGAUAGACAUUCGUGGAAAUCAUGAUGCCUUCAAUAUUAUUUCAUUGGACAGCGUCAACAAUUAUUACCGGAAAUACUCGGCCAAUCAGAAAGUAGGCUCUUUCCACUAUGUUCACAAAACUCCCUUUGGCAACUACUCCUUUGUCUGUGCGGAUGCCACUCUGACUCCAGGACCCAAGAGGCCGUACAAUUUCUUUGGUAUUCUCAACCAGACUCAAAUGGACUUGCUGGACACGUUCAGAGCUGAGAGUCUGAAAAGCAACCAGUCGAUCUGGUUUGGCCACUACACCACCUCCACUGUCGUCUCCCCGUCUCCAGGAGUUCGGGACAUGAUGAGAUCUGCAGUUGCAUAUCUGUGCGGCCACCUGCACACACUGGGCGGCCUGAUGCCCGUCCUCCACAGCCGACAUCCCCAAGGCACCCUGGAGCUGGAGCUGGGUGACUGGAUGGACAACCGCAGGUACAGGGUUCUGGCCUUUGACCACGACCUGCUGAGCUUCUCCGACCUGAGGUUUGAGCAGUGGCCUGCCGUGCUCAUCACCAACCCCAAGGACGCGCAGUAUCUGCAUCCCGGUGUGGAGCCGCUGGCUCGAAUACGAAGAUCAACACACAUCAGGAUCUUGGCCUUCUCCGAGGCCCCAAUCAAAGCGGUGCAUGUAAGCGUAGAUGGGAAACCUCUGGGGAAAGGCCACGCAGCUGGAGGGCCUCUCUAUGUUCUGCUGUGGGAUCCAUCUCUCUACCUCACUGGACUGCACACCAUCAGCGUUAAAGUGGAGGACUCGGCAGGCCGAUCGUCAGUGCGGGAGCAGCACUUCACUCUGGAGGACGACCUGACUCCCAGCUUUGGUUUUGUGCAGUCCUUCGUCCUCCUCACAGACCACUACAUCCUGGCCCGAGUGGCCUUCAUUUUUAUCACGCUGCUGAACGUCGGGGUGCUGCUGGCCUUCAGAUUCCUGCGUGUUCCAUCUGGAAGAGGACUGAUUUUUCAAGCCUGUAUGUCCCUCCAUCUGGUCAGCACAAUGGACACCUUCUACUACUCUCUGCUACUGUUUAACCUGUGUACAGCCUUAGGUCCGUGGUUCAUAGGAGAGCUGAUAGAUGGCCAUAGCGGUGCCUGCUUCGCCUUUGGGGUGUUUGUCGAUGGACACUUCCUGGAGGGCAGUCUCACUUAUGUUAUUGGAGUCGUUCAACUACUAUUCUUCAACAUGCCCCUCACCUGUUAUCUCUGCUGGUGCCUCCAUCACCGUUGCCGCGGCAACACCUUCCGAUCCCACUUCCUGGGGCCGGGGUGCCGCUGGCGGACUCUGGCAGUUCACCUCUUAAUGCUGCUGCUGCUCACCUGGCAGGUUCACUCCUGCUACUUCUUUGAGACCUACGGCCUUGUGGCAUUUUUCCUGUCUCCAGUCCGCACAUGGGCGUUAGGGCUCAGUCUGCUAUUGGUCUACCGCGCCUGGACAGGCCCCGCCCCUCUCGUUCGCAACAACAGAAAGAGCGUCUCUCCCUCUUGACAGUAAUUGCACUGUGCCGCCACUAUUUCCAUCAAGUCUGACUCAGAUAUAUUCUGCUGUCUCUACCCCCCCGCCCCUCCUUUCUUUAUCUCCUACUUCCAAAAGCCAAUUCUCAGUACAUCACUCAAUAUCCUGUUUAAUUAUAGUAUUGUUUACUUAAUAUGCAUGUUAUUGUAAAGCACCGGUUAGCACAUUUCUGGCCAUAUUCAUAGCAAUGUUUGCAGUGUAAAAAAACACCUUGGAUACAUUGGUGGUUAAAAAAGCCUAUUUAAGAGGACUGGUUCAAUGUGUGCCCCAGUUAACAGUAUAUUCUGCUGUGAUUUAAGCUGACUCGUUUACUUGAGCAUUAGCACUAUUUGGUGUGUUCCCCAGGCCGAAUGCCACUUCACCACUGCCAAAGGAUGAAUAAGCAAGAUUUCACCUUUUAUUCUUCCCUCUGAAAAUCGUUUUCAUUCACUAAUAUAGGCUGGAUGUGCCAAACCCAUCCUCAUGUUUACCUUCCGACACAAACUAGGUGGAUAAGAAAGCUUAAUUUUGUAUACUGUAAGCUUUCCUAUUUCCCCCGUGGCUGACAGAGUGUGGUAGUGACAAUAACUCUGGUGAAAAUAACCUAGGUAAUGCAAGCUAAACAAUCAAAUUUUCAAGUUUAUUCGUCACAAUUACAGGAAAUCCAAUUAGGGAAAUUACAGAUUAAUCAAAUACUGUAGUUGAUCUACAAGUGUUUUUUAUUCAAAUGAAUUCCUGCCACUUAAAAAUUGUCUCAAUAGUCGCAUUGAUUAGUUAUAUCAAAAACUUAAAUGCCAGUUGCCACCAAAACACAACAACAAGUUGGCGUGACUCUUCGUGCUCCUUCAAACGUGACUACAGAAGCAGCUGUUUGUUUCUCAGGAAUGUGAGCACUUUAACAAAAGGCUGGUCCCAGUAGUAUUUCAGGACAAUGUUUGUAUACUCCAUAGUAGCUCAGUGAACUAAAUCAUGUUAAACAAUCGAGAUGUGUGGCGGCUAAAAAACAAAAUGAAUGUGUUAUAGAUGUGAAAUAAGAUGAACCAGUUUGCUGUUUUAAUUUAUUCUUUCUGAUUUUAUUGAGUGGUUUCUUUUUAUAUUCCCUCCAUGUUAUAUACACACAGGAAAUGGGCAUUUCUUGCAUUGGACUGCUCUGUGUGUAAAAAAAAAGGUCUGUCUGUAUUGUUCUAAUUUCCUUUUUUGUGAAGGUGUGAGAGCAGUAAACUGUGUUUGUUGCAUCAUUUAAUCCUUUUCUAGGCAGUAGUAUUAGGUGCCUGGAUUCCACAAGAACAAACUGGUCUUAAAACAAAAAGGGUGAAAAACACAUUUAUAAAGUAUUUAAUGGAACCAAUGUUCCAACAGAGUUAAAUCCCGUUUGUUUUUUAAGCCAUGCACCGAUAAAGAAUAAUUGCUCAGUGCGGUAAUAAGACAUGCAGUUUAAUAUUAGAACAGCUGCUAGACACUGAGAAAACUAAAUUAUGUGCACUCUUAAUGGAAAUGUUUCAACUUUUCCUCCCCCUUCUCUGCAGAAACAAGUAUUUUUGUACAGGAGCACUACCAAAUGUAUAAUUCCAGCAUAAAGAUGGAUAUUAAAAAUGGAUGGACUGACUUAGUACCUCUCACAAGCUAUGUAAUCUUUCCACAAGGAGGCAGAAUUGUGUUGCAUUUCACUCCCAGCCUUUGAAUCAUGCAUGGAUUUGUUUUUUGUUUUUGUUUUUGCAGAAAAGCACCAAAACCAUAUCUUAAUUAGACAAUUGUGAUAGUGUAUUAAUGCUCACUGAAUAUGUAUGAAUCUGGGUGUGAUGGUUCUGUACUGAUUCUGUCAA